AUGUCCGACCUACAGCGAUCCUUCCUCAAAAGCAAGCUCAGCAAGCUUCCGCCAGUACCGCCGUUCUCUGAGGCCGAUGAGACAGACGACUUUCCGGAGCUUGGACCGAUAGGCGCACAUGCCUCCACGUCAAGGACACCUGAUGCAAGCACGCCGUCGAUAGCGCUUUCACAGCGCGUCCGGCGGAGACAGCAAGCGGAAGACUUCUCCCCUCGCUCAGCAGAAGGCUUUUUCGAGCAGGCGCUGGAAGUCGAUGUCGCACUCAGCACAGGAUCGGCUUCUUUCCGCACGUACUACACCCCACCGAGACCGAAGAAGGCACCGCAGCAGCCAGUUCGCAGCUCUUUCCGCCCUUCGAUCACGGCACCAGCAUCGCUACACAAUCUCGAUAUCAAUGUCAACACUCCAUCAUUACCGACGCUCAAGCCAGGUGUCGGACUUCCCAACGAUGAUGCCGAUGCCGACGAGGAAGAUCAUCCCGCAACAUCCUCAGCGCAAACCUCUCCUAAUCCAGGAACGCUCUUCGUCUUUCAUCACGGGGCAGGCUUCUCCGCCCUGUCAUAUGCUCUGGUCGCGGCAGAAAUCACAAAGUCGAGCGGGGGCGAAGUUGGCGUUCUGGCAUACGACUGUCGCGGCCACGGCCGAACGCGCAUGCACAAUGUACCCACGAACCCGCUGGACAUGUCGAUCGACGUCCUCUCAUCCGACCUCCUCGCGUUGCUGUCGACACUGUAUCCCAAGGUGGAGGAGAUGCCGUCGCUCGUGCUGGUGGGACACUCGAUGGGCGGAUCGGUGGUCGUCUCUGCUGCGCACGCGCUGUCGGCCCAAGGUUUCAAUCGUAUUGCCGGCGUAGCGGUACUGGAUGUUGUGGAGGGCACAGCGAUGGAUGCGCUCAGCGUGAUGCGCAGUGUCGUGCUAGGCCAUCCGAGCGGGUUUGCGUCGGUGGAGGACGCCAUUUGGUGGCAUGUCGAUAGCAAGACAAUCGCCAACCUCGAAAGCGCACGGAUCAGUGUGCCGCCGCUUAUCGAAACCAAUCCUGCAUUCGUUCCCUCCGAGUCCUCGACAGCGCCCGACGAAGAACCGCAGGAGGUCCUCGACGAGCCCGUCACCGCCCCUUCCAGCGCGGCACAGCACGCCUACAAAUGGCGCGCGGACCUCCUGGCGACAGAACCCUUCUGGCCGAGCUGGUUCCGCGGCCUCUCAUCCCGCUUCCUCACCGUCCGCACCGCCCGUCUGCUGCUUCUCGCCGGCACCGACAGGUUGGAUCGCGAACUCAUGAUCGGCCAGAUGCAGGGCAAGUACCAACUCGAGGUGAUUGCUGACGUCGGACACUCGUUGCAGGAAGAUGCGCCUCAGCGGACUGCUCAGAUUUUGCUCGACUUUUGGAGGAGAAACGAACGCAUCAGUCUACUGGUCCGGGUCAAGAAGGUGGGCGAGGCAUAG